CUCGGUCUGCUCCCUACCGCGACAUUUACAACGCAGUGUCGCCUUCAGUACGCGUGCCGACUGGAAGCGUCAAGUGGCGGAAGGGCCGAGACUGCAAGACUUCCUCACGACCAGUCGGACGUGUAUCCAUUCCGGCAGUAGCGCAGCCAAAGAAGAGAAAGCAUCUAGCUCCGACGAAACACUGCAUCAAAUCCGUCAGAUGCUGGCAGAAAUCCGACAAGAGCCUCGGGAGGAGGAGACAACGCAAUUGUUAGAUCGAUUUGGACGCGCGCACACUUAUCUGCGUAUAUCACUGACUGAGCGCUGUAAUUUGCGCUGUCGAUACUGCAUGCCCGAAGACGGAGUGCCACUGCAACCCACAGAAAACCUUAUGACUACAUUGGAGAUUAUACGAUUGGCGAAGGUUUUUGCAUCUUCCGGCAUCACGAGAAUCAGACUGACAGGUGGAGAACCGCUGCUUCGACGCGACUUGGCGGAACUUGUGGCUCAAUUGCGGGCGAUCCCUGGUAUUGAGUCGGUGGGCAUUACUACCAAUGGUAUCACGCUGCAAAAGAAGCUGCUGACAUUGCAACAGGCAGGUGUGGACCGACUGAAUAUCAGUUUGGAUACGUUGAAACCGGACAGGUUUGCACACAUCACAAGGCGCCAGGGAUUUGCUCGAGUGAUGAACUCGAUUCUGGAAGCACAGGCGUUGGGCUUCUCCCCGCUCAAGAUAAAUUGUGUGGUACAACGCCAUUUCAAUCUGGACGAAAUUGUCGCCUUUGUGGCCUUCACGCAGCAGCACGCAGUGGAUGUGCGAUUUAUUGAGUGGAUGCCAUUCGAUAGCAAUCGGUGGAAUGAUGAGACUUUUGUGCCGUUCAAGGAGAUGAUGGGGCUGAUCCAGGCUCAAUUCCCGACAGUGGAAAAGCUGCGGGACGGAGAAAAUGACACCUCCAAAGCGUUUCGUGUACCUGGAUUCAAAGGACAAUUCGGCUUCAUCACGUCUAUGAGCAAGCACUUCUGCGGCUCAUGCAACCGACUUCGUCUCACUGCCGACGGGAACUUGAAGGUCUGUCUGUUCGGCAACGCGGAGGUUAGUCUGAGGGACGCGAUGCGCUACAAUUUUGGCAACAAAGAUAUCCGCGACAUCGUCGAUGUGGCAGUGCAACGCAAGAAGUUCGCACUUGGUGGUCAUGGAGAUAUGUAUGGCCUUUCGAAGGCAAAGAACCGCCCCAUGAUUCUCAUCGGAGGAUAAUUGACACGUGUUAUCGGAUUAGAGAGUGGGUGUUCUGACGCAAGGAGACCACGGUCACGACGAUUACAAUAGCCAGCUUUAGCUCGUUGUUCGACACCUAUGUUUUCGAACACACGAAAACGAUACUGUUACUGUGUUCAAAAAGCAAUCCGAGAUUUGUGCGCUUUUAAAAAAUGAUAAAGUGCUGCACGUCAACUCAUAACCCAUAAAAAAACUCGGUAC